UUACAUAAAAUAGAUAGGAAAUAAACACAUAUUUCCGAUUGUGUGCUACACAGACUACAGACAGGAUAAUUUUGAUCAAAUCGUGUACGCAAACUGCAGUUGGGCUUAAAUUACAAUUUUUCCAUACACAUAAGAAGUAAAGUUUUCGAAUGAAUACACAGCGAGGAAAUAGUUUGGUGUGCCCUACGUGCUCAAAAACAUGCACAACUAAGCAAAACUUGAACCAUCAUAUGGUCACGCAUGACGCCGAUGCGAAGGUCAAAUGCAAGAUCUGCGGUAAAAUUUUAAAAAAUCCUCUGACAUUAUCUGCCCACAUCAAAAUGGUUCACACCGACCGGGUCCGAACCAGUUGUGACAUUUGUCACCGAGUAGGUUCUACUCCGUGGAACUUACGGUUGCACCUUGCCACUGCUCACAGCACGGAAGAAAGGCCUCGUUUUCCAUGUGGGUUUCUCGACUGUGACAGAUCCUACCUAACGAAAGGCGAUCUUUCAAAACACAUAAGAGCUGAACAUGCCGAAAAUCCGGUUCGGUUUCCGUGCACACUUUGCGGUAAAGAAUUCAAAAGCAGACAAAACCUUACGACGCACAUUGCGACCCACACGACCGAGAAGGCCCACACGUGUUCCACUUGUGGGAGGGGCUUCGGCGAUUGGGCGGCCAUGAAACGUCACGAGGUUACACACUUGGAAAAAUGUACCCGAAAGAUUUUCAAGUGUGAACUGUGCCCUCAGACUUCCUCUUCCAGAGGUAACUUACGAACGCAUGUCCAAAGUGUGCAUGAAAAGCAGAGGAAUCAUCCAUUCGCAUUUUGUGACAAGAGAUUCUCGACAUUAAUCAAUAUGAGAACUCACGUGGAGAGGACACAUCCCACGAAUACGGUGAAAAUCCGUUCCUGCGACAAAUCCGAGUACAAGAGCCACUCGAAAGUAAAUUUUGCCCGACACGAGAAGCGUCACAAUUCGACGAAUCGACGAGAAUGUUACUUCUGCGGGAGGCAGCUUGUCUCUUUUACGAAUUUGGUGAAACACUUCCGUUUCCAUACUCUAGAACAGUGUUAAUCCAGGAAGCUUGUUGCCAUUGUCAGAUUUUCAUAGGUCUUACGUGGCCGGUAUACAUUUGCAUAUUGGUUUUUAUUUUUCCUGUCACACGCAGAGAAAAUGUACAAAUUUUACAAUUAUUACCAAAACGUUGGUCAAAAUAAA